AUGCCAAAAGAACAGUACAUGUGCCAGUUGUGUGCCAAUCAUGGACUCUUCAAUCAACCCAAGAAAGGACACAAACAAAAAUGCCCUUUUAAGGGGUGUCCGUAAGUUUUUAGUAAAGAUAUGGAAUUAUGAGAGAGCGAGUAGAGAAAGAGACAAUAAGUCAUAAUAAAGAAAAGAUGAUGCGCCAGAUAGACAGAGUGAACUGAACCCAAUCAAAAGUUAACUAGCGCUUUUGUUAUCUUUCACAAUAUGAUGAGAUCUAUAGGAUUAAUAUCCACAAACAAGGUUAGCUUGUGGUUCUGGCUCUCAAAAGUGGCUGGAAGUUACUAAUUUUGGAAUGUUCGACGAGUAGUUGAACUAAUAUUACUCUAUAUUUUAAAUUUAAAUUGUUUUUUUUUAGUUAGAUUGUUAUUAAAACUAAAGUUUUAAUCAUAAGCAAGGUCACAAUUUUUAUAUUUUAGUUGUGAGAUGUGUACGUUAAACCUAAAACGUCGAGCUUUGGAUCAAAUUGAGCGACAGCUGCGACAGUUUGCUGAAGAAGAAGUUGCUACUAAUAACACAAGUAAAUAUGACUGUAAUGCCACUUCUGACCGUACUGUGACAUUGCCAAGCUAUGGUAUGUUUAUAUUGUAAUUACUAUUUAAAUAUUAUCUCGGUCAUCUUAUCAUAAGCUUUACAAAAUUAGUGUUACGUACACUAUGAGCCCUUUUACCACAAUAAAAUUUGUUAGAAAGAUAUUUCUGACAAAGAAAAAACGAAAAAUUUGCCACACUUUGACAACGUAGUGGUGGCCAUUAAAUCGAUCAAAGUAAUUUUAUCUGUCAUAUAAUUCGCACAUUUUGAGAACGAUUUGUUGUGUGGUCUCAACAGCCAGCUCUUUUAAUUGCCCAAACAGAAACUUUCUCAGACAUCUGA